UUCUUUCUUUCAUGUUUUAGCUGUCCUGGAUAAUGAGAGACUUACUGCAGAGGAGAUGGAUGAAAGGCGACGUCAGAAUGUGGCUUAUGAGUACCUGUGUCAUUUGGAAGAAGCAAAGAGGUGGAUGGAAGCUUGCCUCGGGGAGGAUCUGCCUCCCACCACAGAACUGGAAGAGGGGCUUAGGAAUGGGGUCUACCUUGCCAAACUAGGAAACUUCUUUUCCCCCAAAGUGGUGUCCCUGAAGAAAAUCUAUGAUCGAGAGCAGACCAGAUACAAGGCAACUGGCCUCCACUUUAGACACACUGAUAAUGUGAUUCAGUGGUUGAAUGCCAUGGGUGAGAUUGGAUUGCCUAAGAUUUUUUACCCGGAAACUACAGACAUCUAUGAUCGAAAGAACAUGCCAAGAUGUAUCUACUGUAUCCAUGCACUUAGUUUGUACCUGUUCAAACUAGGCCUGGCUCCUCAGAUCCAAGACCUAUAUGGAAAGGUUGACUUCACAGAGGAAGAAAUCAACAACAUGAAGAUUGAACUGGAGAAGUACGGGAUCCAGAUGCCUGCUUUACUUUAUAUAACCUCAGUGUUCUACUUUUUGAAAUUUUUUUUAGUGCAUGCUGCCGUUAUUGCCAUUAAUGAAGCUAUUGACCGUAGAAUUCCAGCUGACACAUUUGCAGCCUUGAGAAACCCCAAUGCCAUGCUUGUGAAUCUUGAAGAACCCUUGGCUUCCACUUACCAGGAUGUACUUUACCAGGCCAAGCAGGACAAAAUGACAAAUGCUAAAAACAGGACAGAAAACUCUGAGAGAGAAAGGGAUGUUUAUGAGGAGCUGCUCACUCAAGCUGAAAUUCAAGGCAAUAUAAACAAAGUCAAUAUGCUUUCUGCAUUAGCGAAUGUAGACCUGGCUUUGGAGCAGGGAUCUGCACUGGCCUUGUUCAAGGUUCUUCAGUCACCAGCUCUGAGCCUUCGAGGACUGCAGCAGCAGAACAGUGACUGGUACCUCAAGCAGCUCCUGAGUGAUAGACAGCAGAAGAGACAGAAUGGUCAGGCUGAUUCCCUGCAGAAGGAGGAACUACAGUCUGGAGUGGAUGCCGCCAACAGUGCUGCCCAGCAGUAUCAGAGAAGGUUGGCGGCAGUGGCAGCGAUUAAUGCUGCAAUCCAGAAGGGCGUCGCGGAGAAGACUGUUCAGGAACUAAUGAAUCCUGAAGCCCAGCUGCCCCAGGUGUAUGCAUUUGCUGCUGAUCUUUAUCAGAAGGAGCUGGCUACCCUGCAGCAACAGAGUCCAGAGCAUAACCUCACCCAUCCUGAGCUCUCUGUUGCUGUGGAGAUGUUGUCAUCGGUGGCCCUAAUCAACAGGGCGCUGGAAUCCGGAGACAUGAAUACAGUGUGGAAACAGUUGAGCAGUUCAGUUACAGGCCUUACCAAUAUUGAAGAAGAAAACUGUCAGAGAUAUCUCGAUGAGUUGAUGAAACUGAAAGCUCAGGCACAUGCAGAGAAUAAUGAAUUUAUUACGUGGAAUGACAUCCAAGCUUGUGUGGACCAUGUGAAUCUGGUGGUGCAGGAGGAACAUGAGAGGAUUUUAGCCAUUGGUUUAAUUAAUGAAGCCCUGGAUGAAGGUGAUGCCCAAAAGACCCUGCAGGCUCUGCAGAUUCCUGCAGCUAAACUUGAGGGGGUCCUUGCAGAAGUCGCCCAGCAUUACCAAGACACACUGAUCAGGGCAAAGAGAGAAAAAGCCCAGGAGACCCAGGAUGAGUCAGCUGUGUUGUGGUUGGAUGAAAUCCAAGGUGGAAUCUGUCAGUCCAACAAAGACACACAAGAGGCACAGAGGUUUGCCUUAGGAAUUUUUGCCAUUAAUGAAGCAGUAGAGAGCGGCGAUGUUGGCAAAAUGCUGAGUGCCCUUCGUUCCCCUGAUGUCGGCUUGUAUGGAGUCAUCCCUGAAUGUGGUGAGACUUACCAGAGUGAUCUUGCUGAAGCCAAGAAGAAAAAACUGGCAGCAGGAGAUAACAGCAGCAGAUGGGUGAAGCACUGGGUGAAAGGUGGAUAUCAUUAUUACCACAAUCUGGAGACCCAGGAAGGAGGAUGGGAUGAACCCCCAGACUUUGUGCAAAAUUCUGUGCAGCUUUCUCGGGAGGAGAUCCAGAGUUCCAUCUCAGGGGUGACUGCCGCGUACAACCGAGAGCAGCUUUGGCUGGCCAACGAAGGCUUGGUCACCAAGCUACAGGCCUGCUGCCGGGGAUACUUAGUUCGACAGGAAUUCCGAUCCCGGAUGAAUUUCCUGAAGAAACAAGUCCCUGCCAUCACCUGCAUUCAGUCACAGUGGAGAGGAUACAAGCAGAGGAAGGCGUAUCAGGAUCGCUUAGCUUACCUGCGCUCCCAUAAAGAUGAAGUUGUAAAGAUUCAGUCCCUGGCAAGGAUGCAUCAAGCUAGAAAGCGCUAUAGAGACCGGCUGCAGUAUUUCCGAGACCAUAUAAAUGACAUUAUCAAAAUCCAGGCUUUUAUUCGGGCAAACAAAGCUCGUGAUGACUACAAGACUCUCAUCAAUGCUGAGGAUCCCCCUAUGAUUGUGGUCCGAAAAUUUGUCCACCUGCUCGACCAAAGUGACCAGGAUUUUCAGGAGGAGCUUGAUCUUAUGAAGAUGCGGGAAGAGGUCAUUACCCUCAUUCGUUCUAACCAACAGCUGGAGAAUGACCUCAAUCUCAUGGACAUCAAAAUUGGACUGCUAGUGAAAAACAAAAUUACACUGCAGGAUGUGGUUUCUCACAGUAAAAAACUUAAAAAAAAUAAGGAACAGUUGUCUGAUAUGAUGAUGCUAAAUAAACAGAAGGGGGGGCUCAAGGCUUUGAGCAAGGAAAAGAGAGAAAAGUUGGAAGCUUAUCAACACCUGUUUUAUUUACUGCAGACCAACCCCACCUAUCUGGCGAAGCUGAUUUUUCAGAUGCCCCAGAACAAGUCCACCAAGUUCAUGGACUCUGUAAUCUUCACACUGUACAACUACGCAUCCAACCAGCGAGAGGAGUACCUGCUCCUACGGCUCUUUAAGACAGCACUGCAGGAGGAAAUCAAGUCAAAAGUAGAUCAGAUUCAAGAGAUUGUGACAGGAAAUCCUACAGUUAUAAAGAUGGUUGUAAGUUUCAACCGUGGUGCGCGGGGCCAGAAUGCGCUGAGACAGAUACUGGCCCCGGUCGUGAAGGAGAUUAUGGAUGACAAAUCUCUCAACAUCAAAACUGAUCCUGUGGAUAUUUACAAAUCUUGGGUUAAUCAGAUGGAGUCUCAGACAGGAGAGGCAAGCAAACUACCCUAUGAUGUGACCCCAGAGCAGGCUCUGGCUCAUGAAGAAGUCAGAACACGACUAGACAACUCCAUCAGGAACAUGAGGGCUGUGACAGACAAGUUCCUCUCAGCCAUCAUCAGCUCUGUGGACAAAAUCCCUUAUGGGAUGCGCUUCAUUGCCAAAGUGCUGAAGGACUCUUUACAUGAGAAGUUCCCUGAUGCUGGUGAGGAUGAACUGCUGAAGAUUAUUGGUAACUUGCUCUACUAUCGAUACAUGAAUCCAGCCAUUGUUGCUCCUGAUGCGUUUGACAUCAUUGACCUGUCAGCAGGAGGCCAGCUUACCACAGACCAACGCCGAAAUCUUGGCUCCAUUGCAAAGAUGCUCCAACAUGCAGCUUCCAAUAAGAUGUUUCUGGGAGAUAAUGCUCACUUAAGCAUCAUUAACGAAUAUCUUUCCCAAUCCUACCAGAAAUUCAGACGGUUUUUCCAAACCGCUUGUGAUGUCCCAGAGCUUCAGGAUAAAUUUAAUGUGGAUGAGUACUCUGAUUUAGUGACCCUCACCAAACCAGUGAUCUACAUUUCCAUUGGCGAAAUCAUCAACACCCACACUCUCCUGUUAGAUCACCAGGACGCCAUUGCCCCGGAGCACAACGACCCGAUCCACGAGCUGCUGGAUGACCUUGGCGAGGUGCCCACUAUCGAGUCCCUAAUAGGAGAAAGCUCUGGCAAUUUAAAUGACCCAAAUAAGGAGGCACUGGCUAAGACAGAAGUAUCUCUCACACUGACUAACAAGUUUGAUGUGCCUGGAGAUGAGAAUGCAGAAAUGGACGCGAGGACCAUCUUACUGAACACAAAACGUUUAAUUGUGGACGUCAUCCGGUUCCAGCCAGGAGAGACCUUGACUGAAAUCCUAGAAACACCAGCCACCAGUGAACAGGAAGCAGAACAUCAGAGGGCCAUGCAGAGACGUGCUAUCCGUGACGCCAAAACUCCUGACAAGAUGAAAAAGUCAAAAACGAUAAAGGAAGACAGCAAUCUCACUCUUCAAGAGAAGAAGGAGAAGAUCCAGUCAGGCUUGAAGAAGCUAACGGAGCUUGGGACCGUGGACCCAAAGAACAGAUACCAGGAACUGAUCAACGACAUCGCCAAGGAUAUUCGAAAUCAGCGGAGAUACCGACAGAGGAGAAAGGCUGAACUCGUGAAACUGCAGCAAACGUAUGCUGCUCUGAACUCUAAGGCCACCUUUUAUGGAGAGCAGGUGGAUUACUAUAAGAGCUACAUCAAAACCUGCUUGGAUAACUUGGCCAGCAAGGGCAAGGUCUCCAAAAAGCCUAGGGAAAUGAAAGGAAAGAAAAGCAAAAAGAUUUCUCUAAAAUAUACAGCAGCAAGACUACACGAAAAAGGAGUUCUUUUGGAAAUUGAGGACCUGCAAGUGAAUCAGUUUAAAAAUGUUAUCUUUGAAAUCAGUCCAACAGAAGAAGUUGGAGACUUUGAAGUGAAAGCCAAAUUCAUGGGAGUUCAAAUGGAGACAUUUAUGCUACAUUAUCAGGACCUGUUGCAGCUACAAUAUGAAGGAGUUGCAGUCAUGAAAUUAUUUGACAGAGCUAAAGUAAAUGUCAACCUUCUGAUCUUCCUUCUCAACAAAAAGUUCUACGGAAAGUAAUCGAUCAUCUGCUGCCAGCCCAGAAGGAUGAAGAACGAAGCGCCUUGCAGCUACCUUUCUAGGGUCCUUCUUUACUCAUAGGAAGCAAAGACCCAGCUCACACCACACCAGUGCCUCAAUCUGAUGCACCCCCAGUGCCCCAUGUUUAACUCCUCCCACUCAGUGGGACAUUGGUUGCCCUUUUUUCAUAGUGAAAUUGUAUUUCAGGCUUAGUCUGACCUUUCUUAUUCCUUCAUUUUCUUCUGCCACUUAGGAAAGAGUGGGAACUCCACUGAAAUCUCUCAUGUUGUUACAGUCUUAGAGGUGGCAUUACUAUAUUGUAAGUUUUGGUGUUUGUUUUAAUUAGCCAUAGGGAUGGUGAGAUUUGAAUUCUUGUUAUUUAGAAAUGGAAGCCAUUAGCACCAGUAACAUGCAUAUAUGUAAGACACACAAGUAAAAUGUCAGAUUAUCCUUUGUUAUUAGAUUGUCACUUAAUUAAUUUGGGCAGUUCUGUUAGUGUAACUCUCUCAUCGGUGAAUGGGAGAGCCCCAUUGACAAGAUUAAGCUACUUAGGUAAAUUUGGGGUGGUCUGAGGCGCCCCUCUUAUUUGUGGCACCUUGUUUGUGUUGGUGCACAGAGACUGACUAGGUUCAGGAAGAUAGUCCACUCUGUCCCUAUGGCAAAGGAAUGGUUAGCCCUAGCGUAGAAUGUAAUUGUUUUCAAAACUGUUUUAUAUCUUAAGAGUGCCUUAUUAAAGUGUAGAUUUAUUUCUUAAAAUGUGGGUGAUAGGAAUUUUAAAGAUUUAUAUAACGCUUCAAAAGCCUUUUUAAAUACUGUAAGAAAAGGGUUUUUAAAAAUUGGCUUAUCUGUAUAUCUGAACUCUUAAAACUUUCUUAUAGCUAAAACACUAGGAUUUAUCUGCAGAGUUGCAGAGAGAUAAUCCUGCCUUAAAUAGCCUGAAACAAAAACAAACAAAACCAGCCAACUGAAGUUACACUUGAUAUUAAAAUCUAUUUCUCCCCAUUUCUUUCUCUUUUCUCUUGCUGCCCACACCGUGCCUUUACUCUGUGAGCUUCAGGUUUUUUUUUUUUUUUUAAUUUGGUCACAGACAAUUCAGUUCUAAACAUUGAGUUUAGGAAGCUUUUGUUCUUAGAUUAAAAGUCAUAUACUUAAAAAAAAAAUCUGUUUAUCCAGGAAAGUAUAUUGAAAUCAUGCUACUGAGCCUCCAUUUUCUCUUCAUGUUUUGGUUCAGUAUUCUUUUACCAUAAAACAUAAACUAAUAUUAAAACAUUUACUGAUGUGUAUGUAUUUAAAGCCAAUAAAUUGUUUCAUUAAUAACAAA